AUGGCGGGCUCCGAUCUUAUUGACCAUUCCCCCCACCAUCCCACCAUAGCUGCGCAGAGGGAUAGCGCUUCAAAUGUCAUCCUCAUUGACAACUACGACUCUUUUACCUGGAAUGUUUAUCAGUACUUGGUACUGGAGGGUGCUACGGUGAAUGUUAUUCGUAAUGACGAAAUCUCGCUGGAGGAACUGAUCGCCAAAAAGCCGACUCACCUGGUGGUCAGCCCUGGUCCGGGCCACCCGGAGUCUGAUGCUGGCAUCAGUAACGCUGCAAUCCAACAUUUCAGUGGUAAAAUCCCGGUCUUUGGUGUAUGUAUGGGACAACAAUGUAUGAUCUACUCUUUUGGCGGGAAGGUCGAUGUGACAGGAGAGAUUUUACAUGGGAAGACAUCCCUCUUGAAACAUGACGGCAAAGGUGUCUACGAAGGAUUACCGUCGUCUCUCAAUGUUACCAGAUAUCAUUCGCUGGCUGGAACCCACUCGACUGUCCCAGACUGUUUGGAGGUGUCAUCCUGCGUGGAGCUGCACGACAACAGUGGUAAAACCGUUAUAAUGGGGGUUAGACACAAGCAGCUGGCCGUUGAAGGCGUUCAGUUCCACCCUGAGAGUAUCCUGACAGAGCAUGGGCGGACAAUGUUUAGGAACUUCCUCUCCCUUACAGCAGGAACCUGGGAAGGCAAUGGGAAGCCAUAUGGCAAACAGAACAGUGUGACUGCCCCGAUCGGCACUCCAAAGGCGGACAAGAAAGUCUCGAUCCUAGAAAAGAUUUAUGAUCACCGCAAAGCUGCCGUUGAUAUCCAGAAAAGGACCCCCUCGCAACGUCCAGCUGAUCUCCAAGCUGCAUACAACCUCAACAUUGCACCUCCGCAGGUCUCGUUCCCUGAUCGGCUAAGGCAAUCAUCUUAUCCUUUAUCCCUCAUGGCCGAGAUAAAGCGUGCUUCUCCUUCGAAGGGCAUGAUUGCUGAGACAGCCUGCGCCCCUGCACAGGCUCGACAAUAUGCUAAGGCCGGAGCCAGCGUCAUCUCUGUUCUUACAGAACCAGAGUGGUUCAAAGGUAGCAUCGAUGACCUACGUGCCGUUCGUCAGAGCCUGGAAGGGGUGACAAAUCGACCCGCCAUCCUGCGAAAGGAAUUUAUUUUUGACGAAUAUCAAAUUCUAGAGGCGCGACUGGCCGGUGCUGAUACUGUUUUGCUCAUUGUGAAAAUGCUUGAUGUUGAACUUCUCACUAGACUAUACCAUUACUCCAAGAGCCUUGGAAUGGAGCCACUCGUUGAAGUCAAUACACCUGAAGAGAUGAAGAUUGCGGUUCAGCUUGGCGCCGAGGUCAUUGGUGUUAAUAAUAGAGACCUGACUAGCUUCGAAGUUGACCUUAGUACCACGACCCGGUUGAUGGAUCAGGUGCCUGAAAGUACUAUUGUCUGCGCUUUGAGUGGAAUAUCUGGACCCAAAGAUGUAGAGGCUUACAAGAAAGAUGGCGUUAAAGCCAUUCUUGUUGGUGAAGCCCUCAUGCGGGCCCCAGACACAUCCGCCUUCGUCGCAGAGAUUCUCGGAGGAAGCACGGAGAAACUCCUAAAGGCAUCACAAGGCCCACCAUUAGUCAAGAUAUGCGGCACUAGAUCUGAAGAUGGUGCCCGAGCUGCAGUCGAAGCCGGUGCAGAUCUGGUGGGUAUCAUUUUGGUUCAAGGGCGGAAACGACUUGUUCCAGAUGAUGUUGCCUUGCGUAUCUCUCGGGUAAUCAAAUCGACACAGCGACCCGCCGUGCAAGCGGGUGCUGCAUCGCAGGGAGUAUCAAGUGCGACAUCCAUUGACUACUUCGAUUACUCGGCCAACACCUUGCGUCAUCCUGCUCGUGCCUUGCUCGUGGGUGUGUUCCAAAAUCAGCCGUUGUCGUACAUCUUGGCUCAGCAACAAAAGUUGGAACUUGAUGUUGUUCAGCUGCACGGCUCCGAGCCCCUAGAAUGGGCCAGGAUAAUUCCAGUGCCUGUGAUUCGCAAAUUUGGCCUCGACGACUUCGGGAUCGCUCGGAGAGCUUACCACAGUUUGCCUCUAUUAGACUCUGGGGCUGGAGGGUCUGGUGAAUUACUCGAUCAGUCGCGCGUCCAACAAGUUCUUGAAAGAGACAGUGGCCUGCGCGUUAUCCUUGCCGGUGGAUUAGAUCCUAGCAAUGUUACCACUACGAUCAAGGCGUUGGGAGAAUCAGGCCACAAAGUAGUCGGAGUGGACGUUAGCUCUGGUGUCGAGUCGAACGGAGCCCAGGAUCUGGAUAAGAUCCGUGCUUUUGUGAAGGCAGUGAAAGCUCUUUAA